AUGGACCACAUCCACACGGUAACACGGCUCAUUGAAGUAUCGCGAGAGUACAAAAGACCGCUCUGUCUCACUUUUAUCGAUUUACAGAAGGCCUUUGAUUCAGUUGAGAUGGAAGCAGUCUUGGAAGUCCUUGAUAGUCAAGAAGUCCUUACUCAGUACAUAAGGAUUCUUCGUGAGCUGAACAAAAAAUUCACAGCUAAGACAUCACCAUUCUACAACGAUAUUAGCAACAAGGGCAAAGGAGGGGUUAGCAAGGCGAUACCAUUUCUCUACCUUCGUUUUGCUGAUGAUAUACUUCAUAUAACAGCAAAUAUUAGCAAAGCGAAACUAAUGUUUGCCCAUUUUGAUAAAGCUUGUGAGAAGAUUGGUCUUCGACUAAACCUCACAAAAACGAUGCUCAUGAGGAACGUAUUGGCUCCGUAUGCUCCAUUCACGCUCAAUGGAACGAAUAUCUCCGAUUGCUCCAGCCAUGUCUAUCUAGGUCGGGAAAUCGACAUGUUGAACGACUUAGCCCAAGAGUUGAGUAGAAGGAAAUGA